AUGUUGGGCAAGAUUCUUCCUGCAGUGGCCCUCGGCGGCGGCGUCGCCCUCCUCUGGCCGGAGCUGUCGUGGCGCGUCGACACGCUCAAGCUCGUCACGGCGGACGUCGCGACCCUGCAGAGCGUCACGACCUUCAAGGAGCAGCAGAUCAAGCACCAGGACAUCCUCAAGAACUGCGAGGAUGUCAUCGUGCUCGAGGACCAGGGCGUUGCGAUCCUGAGCUGCGACCCGCAGCGCGAUGCGUGGAAUACAGUCAUGGGCACCUUCAUCGACCCCUCGCAACCGGGCGCCAUCUUCCAAUGGUUCUACAGCGACCCGACCGCCUUCCCGCAGCCGCUCGCGCUCGAAGGCUUCGGCGGGCGCGCGGGCGCCGACUUCCACCCGCUGGGCAUCGAGUACCACUCGGACUCGUCCACCCUCUACAUCGUCAAUCACGCGUCCACCGGCCCGACGAUCGAGGUCUUCGACUACGUCCCGUGGGGCGGAUUCGGGCGGGCGUCGGCGCAGCACCGCGCGACCGUGGCGCACCCGUCGGCCGUGUGGACGCCGAACAGCAUCCACGCCCUCAACGCGACCAGCUUCCUGCUGACCAACGACCACGGCUUCCGCGCGCGCGAGCGCUUCAUCCUGAAUAAGCUCGAGACGUACGCCGCGCUGCCGCUCGGCAACGUCGUGCAGAUCACGCUCCCCACCGAGCUGCCCGCUGCUCAGGAAGACGAGGACGGCAACAGGAUCCCCCUGGCCCUCGGCCCUGAAGACGUGAAUGUCAAGACCGUCGCCAGCGGCAUCCCCUUCGCCAACGGCGUCGCGCUGCUCAACAGCACGACCCUGGCCGUCGCCUCGACCAACGGCCACAGCCUGAAGCUCUUCGACCUCUCCACCAACGCCACCGAAGACGGCACCGUCUCCCUAACCCACAAAACCGACGUCCCCGCCCCGGCCCUCCUCGACAACCUCUCCGUCGACGCCCAGGGCCGCCUCCUCGCCGGCGGCCACCCCCGGCCCGGCGCGCUGACCGCCACCGUCGCCUUCCGCGCCUCGUGCCUGCAGCUGCGCGCCAAGGCGCAGGCCAUCGCUCUGGCCGCCGAGCAGGCCGCCGAGCAAGAGGUUGAGAAGAAGCUCGGCGAUGACGAGGAGCAAAAGCCGCUGAUGGACGAUAUCGCGGACGCGACGGCCAAGAAGACGGUUGAGAUCGUCAUGGCCGAGGAAGAAAAGGCGCUGCUGGAGCGCUGCGCUGUCGACUACGACAAGACGCCGCCCAGCUGGGUCGGCGAGCUGGUCUUUGACGAGCAGACCGGCGUGCCUGGCUGGAAGGAGGUGUAUGUCGGAACCGAGUUCGGCGCGAGCACCACCGCGGCGAGGGACACGAAGGAGGGCGUCGUGCUGGUUGUUGGAUUGUACGAGAAGGGUGUGCUUGUUGGUAAGGAGUAG